CUGGAAGAGUACGCGGAGGCAGGAGGCCCUUUCGCGAAGGAAUAAUGCCCCUCUGCAGCUGCCGUAGCCGAGCAGGACGCGUCUUCCGGCCACGUUUCUCUGCCCGCGGAACUAGAGGGAGGAAUUCAGGAUGGCAUAUGUUGCCAGGAGUGAGGCCCCACUGUGCUCCGAGCAGUUCGGCUCCGGGACGGCCCGGGGCUGCCGCGCCGCCGCCGACGGGAGCCUGCAGUGGGAGGCCUGGGGGCGGCGCUGGUGGGGGUUCUCUGGGGCCUUCACAACGAAACCCGGAGGACGAGAUGGGGGCGAAAGGGUGGCUCCCGGGACGGCCGUCCCACCUCUUUCGCGGCUCCUGGCUGUCUUCCUGCCUCAGGGCUUCCCCGAUAGCGUCAGCCCGGACUAUCUGCCCUACCAGCUGUGGGAUUCCGUGCAGGCCUUUGCUUCCAGCCUCUCGGGUUCCCUGGCCACCCACGCAGUCUUGCUGGGCAUAGGGGUAGGGAACGCAAAAGCCUCUGUUUCAGCUGCCACGGCCACCUGGCUCGUGAAAGAUUCAACUGGCAUGCUGGGCCGCAUCAUCUUUGCCUGGUGGAUGGGGAGCAAAAUGGACUGUAAUGCCAAGCAGUGGAGGCUUUUUGCCGACAUCCUCAAUGAUGUAGCCAUGUUCCUCGAGAUUAUGGCUCCCAUAUUCCCCAUCUGUUUCACCAUGACCAUCUGCAUCAGCAACCUGGCCAAGUGCAUUGUGGGCGUGGCUGGUGGGGCCACUCGGGCCGCACUGACCAUGCAUCAGGCCCGGAGAAACAACAUGGCCGACGUGUCAGCCAAGGACGGCAGCCAGGGGAGCCCUCCAGCUCCCAUCCCCUCUGCCAUUUUCCAGGAGACGCUGGUAAGCCUGGCAGGGCUCCUGGUCAGCCUCUUGAUGCUUCCCCUGGUGUCAGAUUGCCCUAGCUUAAGCCUUGGCUGCUUCUUCCUCCUCACUGCCCUCCACAUCUACGCCAACUACCGGGCAGUCCGGGCCCUUGUCAUAGAGACCUUGAACGAAGGCCGGCUCUGGCUGGUCCUGAAGCACUUCCUUCAGCGGGGAGAGGUACUUGGCCCCGCUUCAGCCAAUCAGAUGGAACCGCUGUGGACAGUGUCUUUGAGCUGCAAAAGCUGGUUGAGGGGCACCAAGAACCCUACCUCCUUCGCUGGGACCGGUCACAAAGUCCUGAGAAAGAGAGCUGCGUUAUCGUCAGGGAGACCCACCAAGUGUUGGACAAGCUAUUUCCAAAGUUCUUGAAAGGUAAUAUCCUUCUGCUUCAUGGCUCCUAGGCCUUCUCCCAGAGGCCCUGCCUACCCCCAUCCCCACCCCUUCACCUAGAGGGUGGAAGACCUGAAUUUCUGUCUGUAAUCUCAAGUCUGGACCUCAGUUUCCCUGUCUGCAGGAUGGGGAGGUUAGGAUGGUCUCUGAGGCGCUGUCAGUGUUGACAGACUAUGAAUCCCAGUUGGCAUUGGAGAAUGGUGGGCGGGGGGCGGGGUAAGGCUCACAAAUUACUGAUGAUGCUCUUUCAUUUAGCACCUACUCCAUUCUGGUCCUUUUUCAUGUGCUGCUCAAUGAAUUCUUGCUACAACCAGAUGAGGUUUUAGGCUCAUUUUAUGCCAGAGAUUACCCAGCAGAAGCAAGGGGAACCUGAGCAGUACACCCAGCCCAUGCUGCUCCUUCCCCCUCCCCGGGGUCAGCCCAGAGUCUCCUCCCCAGCAGUAUCCCUAUGCCCCCUCCCCAGGGUCAGCCCAGAGUCUCCUCCCCAGCAGUAUCCCUAUGCCCCCUCCCCAGGGUCAGCCCAGAGUCUCCUCCCCAGCAGUAUCGCUAUGCCCCCUCCCCAGGGUCAGCCCAGAGUCUCCUCCCCAGCAGUAUCCCUAUGCCCCCUCCCCAGGGUCAGCCCAGAGUCUCCUCCCCAGCAGUAUCCCUAUGCCCCCUCCCCAGGGUCAGCCCAGAGUCUCCUCCCCAGCAGUAUCCCUAUGCCCUCUCCCCAGGGGCAGCCCAGAGUCUCCUCCCCAGCAGUAUCCCUAUGCCCCCUCCCCAGGGUCAGCCCAGAGUCUCCUCCCCAGCAGUAUCCCUAUGCCCUCUCCCCAGGGGCAGCCCAGAGCCUCCUCCCCAGCAGUAUCCCUAUGCACUAUCCCCAGGACUGCAGGAUGCGGGCUGGAGGACUGAGAAUCACCAGCUAGAGGUGGAUGAGUGGAGGGCCACAUGGCUCCUGUGUCCAGAAAAGAAGCUCUUGUGAGCAGCCCAGCCAGAGGCCCAGGUCCCAGGACAGGAGCCUGGAGCAAGGACACUUUGGCCACAGCAGGACCUGGGAAAGGCAGCUUUAUUUUUGCUUAGGGGCACUGGUGUGGCCAUUUGGCCAAGGAAGUGACUACCAAUCAGAUGGACUGGGCCCCAGGCAGAGACAAGGUGGAGAGAAGGGGUACCAGGGCCUUCCCCCGCACUCUCCUGCCCCAGACCCUUCUCACCAUUGCAGGCUCCCCACCCCCACUCGCUGCAAGGCUGUGGCUCAUGGCAUCCGACACAGUUGACCUCAGGCAUAAAAGCCCCAGAGGAACGUGGCCACGGCCAUCAUGAGCAGGGCAUUGAGGUUGACGACUCGGGCCCAGCUUGGGUCCUCACUGAUGUCCUCCAGUCGCCUGGCUGCGGCAGCCAUCUCCUCCUGGGUAGGGCGUGGGGGACUGCCUGCCCCAGCCCUGCUCAUUCCACAGAACCAGAGCAGGCACUGGCGGAACAGGCCUGGUGCUGGGGACAGGGGCUCUGGGAGAAAUUGCAGCCGUACAGUUAGUCUGCUCCGCCAGCUCCCCCGCCCCAACUCCCCCCCGGGCAGUGCCUUACCCUCCAUCUCCACCGCGUGCUCAGGGCGCCCGUUCUGUACAGGGGCUGAGGUUGGACCUUCUAGCUCCUCAGCAUCCAGGUCCUCACGCUCCUCCUUGCUGUACCGGAGACUGAAAACCAGGCGGUGGAGCUGGGGAAGGGUGGGAGCAGGGACCAAGUGGAAGUGCUGUUCCCCCACCCCGAACCUGGAGGUCCCCCGUCCACACCGGCACUCCCUCACCUCCCUCUGUCCAGCCUGCACACCCACCCAGGCUCACUCCAGGAUGACCUUCCAUGGCUGCCCUUUGCCCUCAGGCUAAACCCAAGCUCCUCAGCUGGGUGUUUAAAGCUCUUGGCCCUGCUCAGCCCUCUGCUUCAUCACCGUCUACACUCAUGAUUGUAGUACUUUAGUCUUACAGCCCUGCUAACAGUGUUCCUUCCUGUGGGUGUUCGCUCACAGGGUUCCCUCCUGCUGCCUUUCCCCUUCUCCACCUGUGCGUUCCUGCCCAUCCUUCUGGGCCCACUUCUUUUGUCCUCCCCCCAGUCAGCUCUGCCCUGGGCCACCUGCCUUGCCACAGCACAAGACCAAACCCUUUUGGGGCUUUCAGGUGGUACUCUGUCCCUCUCCGCCACCAGUCAGACCAAGACUCAGGGGGGCUUUAACCUCCCCUACAGUCUUCUUCAAGCCACCUCCAAAGCACCUCAAAUAAAUGUGAUUUAAAUAAAAACAUUGUACUUGCUUUGCAAA